UUUAUUUAAUCUUGCAACACCUAGAGAUAUAUAUACGCUCUCUCUGCGAUUUCUUGUUUUGCAUGAACCUCUGGAUAAGAGCUGAAUUGGUCUCUCAGUUAAACUUUAAGCACUAUAAUUCUAUUGCUUUCCUUUUGGUUAGUUUUGAUAGUUUUUAUUUAAGGAAUUGCCAAUUUUAAAUAAGCUUCUUACAAUCUUACCUGAGGACUCAGGUAGUAAUUUGGAAUAUGGAUUAAGCAACACAAGAAAGCGAUUGCAGAGCUGUGUAGAGCUAAAAGGCAUCAAUUAUAUGUAAAGAUCAAUUCAUUAUUAUUAUUAUUUUUACUUUGAAGGGAUUGGAAUGUAGUUUAUAAUUGAUGUUGAUCUUAGAACUUCAACCAACGAUAAUCUUCAAGAAAUCAAAGAAUUGUUGGGUCACUGAGGACUUAUGUAUGCCCGGUGGGGGCAGAUUCUGUUCUUGGUCUGUGUGGCAACUGUGGCCGAUUCGAUAUGUAGCUUUGCCGGUAUAAAGCCUGGUUCUUGUUUAAAGUGUUGAAUUAGUUUAUUAGUGGUAUACUGUUCGGAUGAUGACCAAGGUAAAGAGGGUGGUUUUCCUCAAAUUUCAGUGUUUUUAUUAGCAUUUGAGGAUAUGUGAUCCUCUUCUGGAGUAGGAUUUGACUUUGGUUUUUCUAACCUUGUAUAUAUAGAUAAUUGCGCUCUGGCUGAUAAACUCAUCCAGCUUAUAGUAGUAGUUUACAUCGAUCAGUGACUAGUUUAUAGAUAAAAGUUGAAACUUGCAAGAUCAGUUAGGUGAUUAAGCUGGUGGUGUAUCUCUGAAAUAGGAUUAAGCAAAUUUCAAUUUUUUGAAGAUUUUAUUAGUGUUUAGGGGUUUGAGUUCUUUGAGGCGAGAAUGUGACACUGAUAUUCAUGGUCUAAAUCAUUGGUGUAUAACCCUGGUGUUUCUUCUCUGAAGAAAAAGGUAUAUCUUCAGAAAGGUACUUAGUCUAGUAAUUUUAACAAGUAAGAGUAGGAUAUUAAUUCAUUGUCUGAUGGAAAUAGAAGUCAUCUGAGGCCUAUAUCUUUCUUUUGAAAGAAAAAGAAGGGAUUCAUAACUUCUCAUCAGUUAGUUGGGUUUUUUCAAUAAGGAAAGUUUGGGAUGUUGAUUUGUUAUUUGAUGGAAACGGAAGCCAUGCCAGGUCUAUAUUUGUCUUGUAAGAAAAAGAAGGGUUACACGACCUUUUGUCCUGGUCAAGUCCUCCUAAAGGGUUGAUUCAUGAUCUGAAGGAAAUGGAAACUUUUGUAGUGUUUCUUGCAUUUCAAAGGGGAUUAUAGAGACUACCAAGUCAGAAUGGAAACAACAAACAUGGAUAUUGUGCCUUUUGAGUUUCCGUUGGUUUUUAUAUGUAUUGGCAGUCUGGUUUAUCAGUCUGUUCGACAUAGUUCAUCUUCCGUAAGACUUUAUGUUAUGAUUGGUCAUUUGAAGUGCCAGUGAUGAUGCCAUCAUUACUGCAGGAUGCUGUUAUGGCAGGGAGAAAUCGUAUGCCUCGCCAUGCUGAUGGCUUUCGAGGUUAUCGUGAUGAUCCACCGCCUGUUAUGCGUCGUGCACCACAACCAUUUUCUAUCCACCCUGCAGCUUUGGAAGAAGAACUUGCAAUGCAGCACAGAGAAAUGCAACGAAUUAUCGCUGAGAAUCGCCUUGUAAUUGAUGAUAAUACUCUUCUUCAAAGGGAAUUAUCAGAUGCCAAAGAUGAGAUUCGUAGAUUAGGGCAGGUAGUGCCCAAACUCCGGGCUGAGAAAGAGGCAGAGACUAGGGAAUUGAUUGAGAGAGGAUUGAAGCUUGAAGCUGAUCUCCGUGCUGUUGCGCCUGUAAGGGCAGAGGUUGUGCAAUUGAGGGCUGAAAUUCAGAAAUUAAAUGCUGUACGGCAGGAGUUGGCUAGCCAAGUCCAAGGUCUCACUCAGGAUGUCACUCGAUUACAAGCUGAGAAUCAGCAACUAGUUGCCAUGAGAGCUGAUAUUGAUGGCAUGCAAAAGGAGCUUAUCGAGACAAGGAGAGCUUAUGAAUAUGAGAGGAAAGCCAAUGAAGAACAAGUUGAACAAAGGCUAGCAAUGGAAAAGAACCUGAUAUCCAUGGCUCGUGAAAUAGAGCAGCUACGAGCAGAGCAGAUGAAUGCAGACAGAAGGACACGGGGACUAGGUGGCGGGGGUUAUGGAACGAUGAAUGGAGGUCCUGAAAUGAGAUAUUCGGGUGCUUUGUAUGGCAGUGUCUAUAGAAAUAGUUGGGGACCUUAUGACAGGCCUGGAACAGGGCGUUAAUUUUUGCAUAAGAUACAGAAUGCUCUCCAUUGGGAUUGCAUGUGUGGGUAGAAUAAAAAUGGACUCCUAGAGUCCAUACAGACUAAACUUAAUCAGUAUAAGUGUUUUAUACAUCACCUUCAUUGAUGAAAAUUUUAGCAACCUGUUGCAUAAGUUAAGGAAUCAUUAAUUCCCACAUUA